CAUCUCCGCCGUCCACUGCCCAUCCACCCCCCGCCGCCCGCAUGGCCGCCCACGCCGUCUCCCCGCUCACCGGCGGCCUCCUCCGCCGCGGCGUCCCCCUCCACCACAGCCGCCGCCUCCUCGCCGUCGCCGCGGUGGCCCCGGAAGCGCCGGCGCCUACCCCCGCGCCGUCCCAGCCGCCGCCGUCCCCGGCUCCGCCCCGAAAGGGCUACUUCCCGAAGCGCGGCGAGACCGUCGAGCUCAACUGCGAGGCGCUCGCCUUUAAGGGCAAGGGCGUCUGCAAGGUCGCGGGCUCCACCUUCGUUCUGCUCUGCGACGGCGCGCUCCCAGGCGAGCGCCUCAUCGCCCGCGUCCGCCGCCUCCGCCGCGGCACCUUCGCCGAGGCCGCCAAGCUCAAGACACUCGAGCCGCACCACGACGCCGUCGAGGCGCCUUGCCCCCUCGCGGCCGACUGCGGCGGCUGCAAGACCCAGGCCCUCGCGUACGCCGCGCAGAUCCGGCACAAGCACCUCCAGGUCCGCGACUUGCUCGUGAACGUGGGCAAGUUCGAUCCCAAGCGGCUGGAGAGCUCGGAGCCGGAUGCCAUCCUCAAGCCCAUCGUGCCGUGCGACGAGAUAUUUCGGUACAGGAACAAGAUGGAGUUCUCGUUUGGGACGAAGAGAUGGAUGCAGAGGGGGUGGAAGGAGAAGGAGGAGGAGGUGGUGGAGGAGGAAGCGAACGAGGUUGAUGGAUAUGCACUUGGGUUGCAUGCACCAGGGUUCUUUGACAAGGUGCUGCAUGUUGAGAAAUGCUUUCUACAGAGUGAAUCUGCUGAUAAGGUUCUUGCAGUUGUUCAAGAAACCUGGAUGGAUCCUUCCCUAGGCCUCACGCCUAAUGAUGUCCACAAGCAUGUUGGGUUUCUCAAGCAUCUUAUGAUAAGAACCGGAAGAAACGUCAGGACUGGAACUCCUGAAGUGAUGGUCAAUUUUGUGACAGCAUGUUAUAAACCAGAUCUAUUGAUGCCUCUUGUGGACAAUAUCACAAAAAUACCUGAAGUGGUCAGCGUCAUAAAUAAUGUGAACACAUCUGUUGGCAAUACAUCUGUGGGUGAACAAGAAUACACCUUGUAUGGGAAGCCAAACAUUACAGAGAUGUUGAGAGGACUUACAUUCCAGAUAUCUGCCAACUCCUUUUUCCAGACUAAUACAAAACAGGCAGAUGUUCUUUACGAGCUUAUUGAAGAUUCUGCUGGGCUUAAAGGAGAUGGCUCUGAAAUUGUUCUGGACUUGUUUUGUGGAACUGGGACCAUUGGCUUGACCCUUGCCAGAAGGGCAAAGCAUGUUUAUGGAUAUGAAGUGGUCCCUGAAGCCAUUGCAGAUGCUCGAAAGAAUGCCAAGUUGAAUGGUAUUAAUAAUGCAACAUUUGUUCAGGGAGACCUCAAUAAAAUCAAUGAAUCAUUCGGGAAGGAAUUCCCAAAGCCUGACAUAAUCAUCUCAGAUCCUAAUCGGCCAGGGAUGCACAUGAAGUUGAUCAAGUGGCUAUUAGAAGUUAAAGCCCCUCGAAUAGUGUAUGUCUCAUGUAACCCAGCUACUUGUGCACGGGAUUUGGACUACCUAUGUCAUGGCGUGGAAGAGAAAGAUUUGAGUGGAUGCUAUGAGCUGAAGAGUGUAAUUCCUGUGGAUAUGUUUCCCCAUACUCCUCAUAUUGAGUGUGUCUGCUUAUUGGAGCUGCGUUGAUUUUCACGGUUUUGAUCAGAAAUUUUUCAUGAGGGAAAUACUCGUUUGCUAUUUGCGGCAUGAAGGCCAUGGCGAGAUACCUGACCUGAUACUUUUUCAUUAAUGGGUACACUUUCCAUGAUUUCCAAAUGACUGAGGAACUCUGGUAUCUUCUUUUUGGACCGGCAAUUAAGGACUUAAGAUACAAACCAUGAUGUGUGUUACUUAACACUGGGAAGUUACUGGACAACUGAUCUGAAGACCCCAGCUUGGACUUUGUUGAAACACUUUUGAUGGGGAGAAUAUGCAGUGGAAACCACCUGGCAGGUGGAAACCUGAAAACUCGCACCAUGGACCGUUAGAUCGGAGAUGUGUGGUGCAUCGUGGAGCAACCAGUCAUGUGAUGCAUUUUGCAUUUUAACGCCCGCAUGACUAAACACUUUUUUCUAUUAGACCCUCCUCACUUCCAAAUGUACUGCUAGCCCCGUUCUAAUUUACAAAUCAUGACAUUAGAUGACCGUAGUAGGUGGCGUAUAAUAUUUACAACUCGAAUGAUUGGCUGGUUACAACUUCAGUUGCAACCGUGGGGUUUGUAUUUAUUGAACCAAGUUAGGAAUAUCCCAAUUUAAUGCGACCAGGGAAGUAAAUGGUCCUACGGUAUUUGCAACUCAGCGUGUAGACCGAUUGCAACUCCAACUAUUGGCUAGUUGCAACUGCAAGGUCGAAUUUAUUGUA